AUGUUCAAGCCCAAGCCUGACCGAGUCCAGAGGGACCUGAGCCAUUCCCCUCCCCGCAGCCCCGCGGAGGAGCCCUGGGGGGUCCGAGGAGUUGCCUUCCACCUAGGGCUUAGUAGAACCUCGGCAUGUCUCUGUGGCCCGGAAGUCGGCGGCGUGCAGCACAGCUACCGCGAGGUGGGCAUCUUGCUGCUGUACCUGGCCGUGGGCGUGUCGGUGUUCUCUGGCGUGGCCUACACGGCCGAGAAGGAGGAGGACGUGGGCUUUGACACCAUCCCCGCCUGCUGGUGGUGGGGCACAGUGAGCAUGACCACCGUGGGCUACGGGGACGUGGUGCCGGUGACGGUGGCUGGCAAGCUGGCCGCCUCGGGCUGCAUCCUGGGGGGCAUCCUGGUGGUGGCGCUUCCCAUCACCAUCAUCUUCAACAAGUUCUCCCACUUCUACCGGCGGCAGAAGGCGCUGGAGGCUGCCGUGCGCAACAGCGACCACCAGGAGUUUGAGGACUUGCUCAGCAGCGUUGACGGCGUAUCUGAGGCGUCGCUGGAGACCUCCCGCGAGACCUCCCAGGAGGCAAGGUCUUCAGACCUGGAGACCCAGGCCCCUGGCCGGCCUCCAAACGCUCAGGAUUACUAACGCCUGCACCCCUGAAACAGCAGACACCUCCCUGCUUACAUGCUUCAUGGCAGCAUAACCUCUCCGGAUCGUGCCCCUGGCCUGAGAAAUGAAACCCAGAGGCUGCGUCCCUUCCUCCAUGACUCAGGGCAGGGUCGUGUCCCCCAGAUUCUGAGAGCCUGGAGAGCAAGAGAUGAACCCCCGAGCCUCCUGGAAGCAGGCAUGCGGUAGAGGAGACAGUCGAAGGCUGCUGGCCGCGCCGUUAGCUGCCUGCCACCUUCGCUGGUGGCCAGUUUGGAGGGAGAGAAUUACCCCCAUUGCAUAGGUGAGGAAGCCAAGGCGUGGAGAGGCCCUUGCCUGCCCGUCACACAAUCACAAGUAGGGGCUGAGUUUGAAAUCCAGGCUUGUUGGGCAGCCCGGGGGCAUGCACCUUCCACGCCAUCUUUCUUCUGCCCUCUCAAAGUUGUCUGAGGGGUUCGUGAAUCCCCCGAGUGGGCCCAUAGGGGUACAGCCAGUUCUCUUCGGGGAGCAGCCAGCAGGAGGUCUGGGAGGGAAGAGGAAGGCGCUGCCUCUCUCCCUGGUGCUCGUGAUCUGCUCAGCAAGUCUGCUUUGGCUUUCCCUGGGACUCACGGGAGAUACGGGCGGCCUGCAGGGGCCUGGGGUCUAGAGCCAGCUGUGCCGGGACCUGCGAGUUUGAGGGUUUGCUGAGCAGCGUGGGUGGGGUGUCAGGGCAUCUCUGCAAAGUGGGCACAUUCCCGCCCCUUCUCCAGAUUGAGCUCAUCUGCCAAGUGUCAGUCUGUGCCUGAGGGAGCUGGAGGUGCUCGUUUAAAGCCACGCCAAUCCCACCUCGCAUGGACCUCUGACCACAGCAGCACCUCUCAGCCCACCGAGCAAGGCCUCCAGCCCUCCCUGGGUUUCCAUCCAGGCAAGUGCUCACAACGCCUGUCCUUUGGCCCAGCUCCAGCUCCCGUCUUCGUCUGUGCUGAAUCCUCCCUCCGCCUGCUGGGCAACCUGUGAGGGCGGCCCCUUCUGUCCACGGGAACACUCACCACCUCAGGGGGGUCGCCUGUGUGAUGCGGUCUGUCCCUCACGGUGAGCUUCAGUUGAAGAGCCCAGCCCGCGAGUGCCGCCUUCCGUGUGCCGUGACCCGGAGCCGGGGAAGUAGCCGAGGAGAGACCUGGCCUGGCGUCAAGACUGAAGGGGCAGCCUCUGGGUUCUGGCUGCUCUUCUCACAUUCGGAUGCUUGCUCAGGAAUUCCUUGCAGGUUCUUCACUCAUUCCAAAUACCGGACCUGAGCGGGGGUUCACAUGUGGCCUGCACACAGGUCGUUUUGCUGAAUGGCAUUUUUAGGAUAUAUUUGUAUGGGAAUGUCUGUGGGAGAGGGGUGCACUCUCCAAUUCCCCGUAGCACCCCCCAUCCUCACCCCAGGCACCUCACACAGACCCACAGUGUCAGGCCAACUACCCUUACCCUCCUGGGUCUGGUCUGUUGAUGGCUUUCUUGGUUCACCAGACACAAAGGCAAACCAGGCAGACACCCCUUUACUCACAGGCUUACAGACUAGAGGGGGGAUGGAUCUCAGCCCAGUCAUCACACACAUGUCAUGGUGAGCCCUGCUAAGCACAGGGAAUGGUAAGCAUGCGUCAGGUCCCAGGCCACUCGUCAAGACUUUCAGAGAAGACUCCUGACUGGUGACAGUUUAACCCUUCAUCAUCUGGAUAAAUAGCUGGCUAGGCAGUGGGGUUCCAGGAGGUGCCUUCCGAGCAGUAGGGAGGCCUGGGGUCCACCUCACAGCCUGGUGCAUAGUCAGCCUGUGCGUGGAUUUGCGUGGAUGGAGUCCAAGUCUCUGGAUAGGAGCGGAUCCUGGAGCCACCCCGAGGGGCGCCCGAGAGCCCUCCGCACCCUCACCUCUCAAGGGGCACAAAGUCGGGGGUGCCAUGUGUACCAUGCAGAGGCCCCGCUCAACAACCCAAGGAGCCAGUUCCUGCUGGACUUUCUGACCCCGCGGACAACUACCCGAGCUGGGCAGGGAGAGGCCCGGGACACUCAACAGGCCACAUCCGUCACUGGGCUGCCUGUGGUCCCAGCAGAAACCAGGACUCACUCCUGUGCACCAGAGGAACCCUGAUGCCAGGACAGCAGCCAGGCCUGGGACCUGUUUCUGCCCGUGGGGCCGGCCGCCUCCAGGGCUGGGGAGGGCAGCGAUACAGGAGCGACACGAGCGCCAUGUUCUCUGGCUCCAGUUUGGGGUCCGGCACAGGUUGCAAAUGGCAGGAAUCGAUCUGGGACUGACUUGACCGAAAGGCAAUUCCUUGGCCUCCAGCAGAACAGCCCUGGGCAGUGGUGGUGAGUAAGGCACUUUGCUCAUGAGCAACAGAAACUGAGAAAAAGGUGAAUUUACGGGAAGAAUUUGCCAUGGCUGCCAUAAUUAACUGCUACAGAUUGAAUAGGAAUGUAUUCUCUCACAGUCUGGAGACCAGGAAGAAAGUAAUCAAAGUGUCCUCGCCCAGCCUGGUUCUCGGGGCCUCAGCCCUGGGGCUGCCUCACGACCUCCCGCAUUUCCACUCCGAAAUCAGUGGCCGCCUGCCCUGUGUCACGCCUCCCGCUGCCUCCCUCAGACUCUCCUGCUGGCAUUCAGGGCCCACCUGGUAGACCUUUAAUUUACUCACACUGCAGAAAGACCUGUUCUCCAAGUGAAGUAACAUUUGAAACGUCAAGGGAUUACUACGUGAACUUAGUGGGGAAUUCACCCCAUCCAGGGGAGUCGACCCACCUGGCCUAAGGAAAUGCAGGAACUGGGGGAGUUCUGGGGCCCUCAGGGCAGAACCGGGAACUUGUUUGGGCCACGGCCUCCGGCCACGCCCCUCCCGUGUCUGUGCUCACGGUGCCAGACCCUGCGUCUGGGUCACUCUCCCGCAGCACCUGGAUUCCUGUGACAGGCCACAUGGACUGCAGAAAGGUAGUUCCCCCAAGAAAAGGCCCUGUGAUGUCAUCGCCACAGAGGGGAGGGAUAUUCAUAUGCAAAAAUAGCGGGUGUCCCGGGUGUUCCAGUGCCUGGCGGCUCCCGCCACUCUCACACCUCCUUCCCACGCACGGGGUUUCAUAAACGUUUCUAACAGAAGGAAACUAUCUUGUAGAAACCAAAAAUACACUUCUUGCUCUGCAGGCCCUAUUCAUGUGAUUUCAUCUCUGGCGUGAAUCAGCACGAUGGCUUGUGAAGCGGGACGACUUGGAAUUCCAGAGCUUUUUCAGCUGCAGAGUGAAGGACUGAGGACUCCCUGAGUAGAGUCAAGGGUGAACCUGGCAUUCCUUUCCGGCUCUGGCACAGCAGCUGCAGGGUGGUGGGGAGCGCAUCUCGCGCACAGCAGCGGAGGUUGGAACGGCCUCCUUGUUAAAACAUCCAUUUCCCAGCCCCCCCAGCCGGCACCAGACAGUGGGGGCAGUUAGCGGUGUUGUCACAGAAGCCGUCGCCCACGGCCUUUGGCCCACACGAACCCCCGCAGCCUCCCCGCAGCGUGGUCUGCUGCUGUCUACUGCUAAGCAGUGGCUCGGUGGGCUUCUGUUGGCCAUUGAGGGCCUCCACGGGUCAGGCAACCGAUGUGGGGACCUCUUCCAACUCUCACUCGGAAACGAGGUACAGGACAACUUUGGGGUCCCACUGGGCCUCCAGUGCCGUGGACAAAGGGUGAACACAGCAUCUUUCACACGAUUGGCGGCGGGCAGCGAUGCUCCCGGACCCGAGUGUGGGCAUGAACUGUCUUCAGCACGGUCUCCCAAAGGUUUGGGCAGUUCCCUGCCUUCAGUGCCCAGUGAUGGAAAAGGCAAGAGAAAUGUGAUCCUGCACUCAUCUAGCAGCACAGCAGAGGCCCCCCCAUGGACCAGGAGGAUGUCCUUCAGGCCGAAGACUUCAGGUCAAUAAACGGAAGCCAGCGAGAGGCAGGGGGCAGGCUGGAGCAGGCAGCCCACUCAGGGCUGUUUUUGCCGGGGCCAGAUAGCAUGUUGAUUUUUAUUUGGCUCUGAUUUGUUUCUUGCGUGUUACUGCUUACACACGUUAAGACUUCAGGGGGCUCUCUUUAACUUUUAGAGUCCUCCAACAUGAGCUCCUGCCUCAUGCCACUUGACUUCUGGAAGCUAAAUGCCAAUGUCUGGCUCCCCACACCCUGCAUUCUUCCUCCCUCUGGCACCCCUCUCCCCAAAUCAGAAACCCACUGCAUGUUGUGGCCCUCCCACCCAGUGCCCCAUCCCACACUUUCCUCAAAGCAAGGAUAAACGUUCUAGGCUCACGGAGGGCCUCGGAAGUAUUUGUAGGAAGCACAACACAGAUCUGAUCCAGCACCCCAUCUUCCAAAACACUUGAAUCGCUUCUCUGCAUGAUGCCAAGGCGUUUGUAGCCUUUAAAUUCCAUCUCAUGUAGCCAGCGGUUGGGCCCAGUUUGCAUCAGCCAACCCACUGGUGGUUAGCACCCAGCCAACCACGGCGUUGACACAGAACCCCGAUGCCCUGGUUCGUACGUCCUUGGUUCGUACGUCCUUAUCGAGAUCAGCCUGGCCCAAAUUACAUUCCCCCUCCACCACAUACCACAAAGAUUCACUCCCACAAAUACUCCCCAAAUUCUGGUGGUAUCAAUGACCACAUUUCUGCAAUUCUAUAUGGGUCCAAGACUCUUCCCUACUCAGAGACUAUUUUUCACCCUCUAGGCCAAAACAGCCUCCACCUUCCAGCUCAGCUGCCUUGGGGGUGGAGUGAGCAGAAACUUGGGAGCUUUCUCCAGUAAGGAAGGGCGGGGGCUGCUUCUACCAGGGUGUGAGUUUGCUUGGGUUUCUCCCACAUCCUCUCAUGUGGCCAUUCCACUCGUCACAGUCCCUCUGUCUGUCAAUGCCUCACUUCAUAAAAGUGCAGGAGGGCUGUGGUCUCGGCAACCCGCACGAGCCAACUUUGGUUCUGGAAAUCUCAGUCCUGCUGCCAGUCACAAGAGAUCCUUUCACUGUGGAUGCAGAAAUGCUUUACAUUUCAUUCUGUGUCUCCUCCCCAUUCACAGAUCAGACAACGGAGGCCCAGAGAGGCCCAGGGUCCUCCCUGAGCCCCUUGGAGUAGAGCAGUUUUUCAGCUCAAUGAAGAGCCGAGCAGGGCGUUCAUACUGGAAAAGGGAGGUGACACGGAAUCUCCCCCAGGCCCGCAGCCUCUAGCCAGGAAGGCUUGAGUCUUUCCUUUUUUCCACUAUAAAACUUCCCCACGCCUUGGCCUGCUUUUGAGUCUCUGCCUAAAUGCACGUGACUGCAGCAGCUCCUUGCUCAGAAUAAAGUCUUUUGCUUUUGUCUUUCA